CAGGACGCGGACGUCACUGCUUGUCAAGUAGUCUCCUCUCCCCUCCUCGCUAAAAAGCAUUUCAUUAUUGCUUUCCAUUCUAAUCGCCGAUCUCUUCAAUCUUUUUUUCUUCUUGCCCUUUUCUCUGUUUCUUUCUUCAGACGAUCUUCAAUCUCUUCAAACAUUUUAGUGUUAUUUGUCCAUGAAGGCAAUGAAGCCCGGAGUUUCUUCAUUGAACCCAUAUGCAGCAUCAUACAUACCUCUUGCCAAAAGGGAGGCCAGUGAUAAUGUGACAGCCAAAGAUAUUAAACACGGCAAUGAGAAUGCUUGGUUCAAACCUUCCUCACACUUUGCAUAUAACCCGCAAAGUAGCAAUGCUUUUCUUGGCUCUUCAGCCUAUGGUACUGAAAAGCACCAGGUUGCAGAAGGUUCUGCAGUGAAAAGCCAUCCUGCUCAUGGUUCUUUGAUGCAAAAUCCUGGUGAAAUGACUGACAAGCAGAUUGUGGAUGAAGAAUUUGACAUGGAUUUGGAGUAUCUUCGCAUGACAUUUCCUGGUUUGUCCAAUGAGUCUCUUUUGGAUGUCUACUUGGCGAAUGAUGGAGACUUUGAAGCCACUGUUGAUAUGCUGAACCAACUUGAGAUGCACACUGUUGAGUCAUCUGAAACUCUUCCCGACACUUUGGAUAUCGGUGAUGUCUCAGAAUCCGGGUCUUCAGCAACCUGUGUUGGUCUUAAACUGAAGAACAUGGCGGGUGAAACCAGUGCUUCUUCAUCAGGCGGUGCAGAAUCUGCUGUUGCCUCAUGAUUGACUUCCUGAAAGGAUAUAUUUCAGUGUUUGUGGUAUAGAUGUAUACACAACAAGUAGGGGCUUUCUUAAAAUCUGAGAAAUAUGGUAAAUGCUAUAACAUUUGAAAGAUUGUUUAUGUUGUAUAGUUGUAUGUUGCUUGUCUUGCCUAAACUGAUACUGCAGUUGUGAGCUUUAAUUUGAUUGAUGGAAAAGCUCCUUUUUGCAGUUAACAUGCAAAACAUAGUUUUUAAGAAUGAAAAUGAUUCUUCCCUGUUUCUUUA